UUGGGAGGCCCCGCCGGCUCGCCGCUCUGGGCCCGCGCACCGGGCUUCGUCCAUCUCCUCACAGCUAUCUGUACCUGGGUGGAAGGCUGAGGUGCAGGCAGUCAUGGCGCUGCGUGCUGCCGUGUUCGACCUGGACGGGGUCCUGGCGCUGCCCUCGCUCGCCAGCUCCUGGGACCGUGCGGAGGAGGAGCUGGCGCUGCCCAGAGGCUUUCUGAAUGGAGCUUUCAUGAAAGGAGGCCCAGAUGGUUCCAGUGCCCGCAUGAUGAAGGGAGAGAUCACGUUUUCCCAGUCCCUCAUCAAUUCACUUUCACGGUGGAUGCCAUUCAUGGAAGAAAACUGCAGGAAAUGUUCUGAGGACUCUGGAAUUUGCCUCCCUGAGAAUUUCUCUAUAAAUCAGAUCUUUGGCAAGGCGCUUGCAGCAAGAAAGGUCAACGACCCCAUGCUUCAGGCAGCUCUCACUCUCAAAAAGAAGGGAUUUACAACCUGCAUCCUCACCAACAUCUGGCUGGAUGACAGCACCCAGAGAGGCAGCCUGGCCCAGAUGAUGUGUGAGCUCAGGCCGCACUUCGAUUUCCUGAUUGAGUCAUGCAGGAUCGGAAUGGCCAAGCCUGACCCUCAGAUCUACAAGUUCGUGCUGGACGUCUUGAAGGCCAGCCCCAAUGAGGUGGUUUUCUUGGAUGACUUCGGCGUUAAUCUGAAGCCGGCCCGUGACCUGGGGAUGGUCACCAUCCUCGUCCGUGACACUGACACUGCCCUGAGGGAGCUGGAGAAAGUAACCGGGCUGCAGCUUCUCCAAGCUGCAGCCCCCCGACCAAUGCCCUGCGAUCCAAGCACCGUGAGCCAUGGGUACGUGCCCAUAAAGCCUGGGAUGUGUCUGCAUUUUGUGGAGCUGGGCUCCGGCCCUGCCAUAUGCCUCUGCCAUGGAUUUCCGGAGAGCUGGUUCUCUUGGAGGUACCAGAUCCCUGCUCUGGCCCAGGCGGGCUUCCGGGUACUAGCUGUGGACAUGAAAGGCUAUGGAGAGUCAUCUGCUCCUCCUGAAAUAGAAGAGUAUUCCAUGGAAGUGUUAUGCAAUGACAUGGUCACCUUCCUGGAUAAGUUGGGCAUCUCUCAAGCCGUGUUCAUUGGCCACGACUGGGGUGGCAUGCUGGUGUGGAAUAUGGCUCUUUUCUACCCCAAGAGAGUGAGGGCAGUGGCCAGCUUGAAUACUCCCUUCAUACCAGCAAAUCCCAAAGUGUCCCCAAUGGAGAUAAUCAAAGCCCAUCCUGCCUUUGAUUACCAGCUCUACUUCCAGGAACCAGGAGUGGCGGAGGUUGAACUGGAACAGAACCUGAAUCGGACUUUCAGAAGCUUCUUCAGAGCAAGCGAUGAGACUUUUCUCACCACGAACAGAGUCCGUGAAAUGGGAGGACUCUUUGUGAGUGCCCCAGAGGAGCCCAGCCUCAGCAAGAUGGUCACCGAGGAAGACAUCCAGUUCUACGUUCAGCAGUUCAAGAAGUCUGGUUUCAGGGGGGCUCUAAACUGGUACCGAAACGUGGAAAGGAACUGGCAGUGGGGCUGCAAAGGCUUGGGAAGGAAGAUCCUGAUUCCGGCCCUGAUGGUCACUGCGGAGAAGGACUUUGUGCUCGUUCCUGAGAUGUCCAAGCAUAUGGAGGACUGGAUCCCCCACCUGAAAAGGGGUCACAUUAAGGAUUGUGGACACUGGACACAGAUGGAGAAGCCCACAGAGUUGAAUCAGAUCCUCAUUGAGUGGCUGGAGACUGACGCCAGCGACCCACCAGAGGUCUCGAAGCUUUAGGCUGUGACUUGUGUCAGCCGCCAGCAGGCACUCCAACCGCUUCAUCUGCUGGGGGCGCUCCUCUGGUACCCGGAUGGGGCCUUACCCGCAUCUCUCAAAACCAGCAGCGUUGUUCUGAAGGGGUUUGCAGCAAAGAGUGAUUUUCUCUAAAUGAAAUGAGUCAGAUUUGACAUAAUUUUAGAUACAGGAAAAAUCACGUGUGAUUAAUUCUCUGGGUAUAAACGUUAUCACUUUAUGUCUAAGGAUGGUUAGUGUUCUGUGGGGGACAGGAUGGGAUGGCCAGGGGGUGAUUUCUCUUUGACUGAUGACGCAAAAUCAGCAGUUUAGAAGCUUUUCAGCAGAGAUGGGAACUCCUUUAUUCAAUAAAAUGAAAAGA